GUACCAUGAAAAGAUAAAAAGUAUUUUAUUUGAAAUGUAAAGUCAAAGCUUUUAUCAAAACAAGUUUUGAGUGCAAUUAAUGUUGAAGAAUCAUUCAUUAUUUGGACAAAUGAAAGCAAUUUUAUGAUAAGACAUAAAAAAAGUAAAUAAUAUAAAACACAAUCAUUUUCCAUAGGCCUAUUACUUUUAGAUUGAGUUAUGAGAUAACAGAAGUUUUUCUUCAUAAUCAUUGUAAGUACUAUGGGCACCGAGAAAAGUUACGUGUGAUAGGACGAGAGGAUGAACUGGAGAAGAUGAACAAAGCAGCUUUGAAGAUUGCACGAGAGGUGGCCGACAAAACCGGCACAUUGAUGGCGGGCAACCUCAGUAACAGCUGCGUAUAUAACCCCAAAGACCCAGAAACGAUCGAAGUUACAAGGAAUAUGUUCAAAGAGCAAAUCGAAUGGGCUGUUGAAGGUGGUGCAGAUUUCAUUGUUGCGGAGACGUACGGCAUGUAUGCAGAGGCGAAGUUGGCCCUUGAUUGUAUUUUGGAAUAUGGAAAUGGCCUGCCAGCCGUAAUAACAAUGUCUGCUCAUGUGGAUGACACAACAACGGUGGACGGUCUCCCCCUCCCUGAGUCCAUUAAGAAGUUGGAGGAUGCUGGAGCUGCUGUUGUAGGAAUCAACUGUGCGAGAGGUCCCGAGACAAUUAUGCCCGUUUUACGGGAGAUUCGAAAAUUAUGCAAGGGGCCUAUUGCCGCCCUCCCAGUGUGCUAUAGGACCUCAAAAGAGAAUCCAACGAUGCAGUCCCUUAAAGACCCAGAUACAGGAAAAAUGGCGUUCCCUUACAACUUGGAUGCUUGGUUUAACAGCCGAACACAGAUUGAUAAAUUUGGAAAAGAUUGUCUGGAACUGGGAAUUCAGUAUGCUGGUCUGUGUUGUGGUAACUGUGCACACUACACUCGAAGUUUAGCCGAGGUUGUAGGGAAAACACCUCCUUCGAGCCGUUACUCGCCAGAUAUGUCCCAGCAUUUUGUUUUUGGCAGAGGAAAGGAUUUAAAAUAUCGUCAUGAAUAUAACAACAUAAAGGAUAGGAUUGGCACUGAUGCCGAAUAUGCUGAUUAGAAGACAUGCAUAGUAUGCAUUACAGACUGUUGACCUCCAGGUGGACAAUAUAUGCUGAUUUGAAGUAAAUAUUUUUGACCAGGUCAACUGGGAUAAUUGUACACUUCCACUGGAAAUCAAACCAGAUGAUUAGAAGACAUGCAUAUUAUGCAUACUGUUGACCUCCAAGUGGACAAUAUAUGUUGAUUAGAAUGAUAAUUUUGACCAGGUUAACUGGGAUAACUGAAUACUUUCAUUGGAAAUCAAACCAGAUGGAUAGAAUAGAUAUGCACAUAUUGCAACAACACAGUACUAUUGACCCCUCAAUGGAAAGGGUAAAUUGUAUUCUAAGAUUACCAUGUGAGCACUCUUUGAUUUUGAAAUGACUAUUUUCUCAGUCUCAGUAGUUACAUGGCAUAGAAUAUAAAACAAAUAUACAAUAUUCAACUACAGCUCCUACUGUGGACGCAUCAUUCAUCAAUGUAAACCCC